CUCUUGUUACUCUUCUCUUUUUAUCCCUCUGCCUCUGAUUCUCUCGUUUUUACUGUCCUAUCCUUUCUUUCUUUAUUUAUUUUCUUUUCUUCUUUUCUCUUUUUACUUCCCUCCCACCACCCUUUCUUUCUUCAAAUUAUCCUCUCCGGUUACGUUAUAUACGUCCGUGUAUCCUAAUCCUUUCGAACGACUUUCCACGACGCCCGUGAGGCCUCCUAAGGAACUGCAACCGAGACGAACGAUCUUGCGGUUGACCUUGCCGCAACGACUAAGGAUAGUGACCUUACCGAAGACGCUUAUAUUCCUGCUACUACUCGUCCUCUUCUCCUGUUUCUCUCCUCCUUCUUACCCCUCCUUUUCCUACUACUUACCAUGACUGCUCUCCUCUUUCUCUCUUUCAAUUUUUCCCCUACCUUCGAAGUCGUCUCGCUUCUCUCCUCCUGUUCGUUCCUUCGACUUCUUCCUUUUCUCUCUCUCUCUCUCUCUCUCUCUCUCCUCUCCUUUUGAACAUGACUUCGAAGAAGAUCGGCGGUAUAUGAUUUGUACGCUUUUUCUUUUUCCUCUAUCUCUCCCUCUCUAUCUCUUUCUUUCUCUCUUUCCUUUUCUUUUCAUUCCAUCUUUGCCUCUCAUUUUCUUUUUUUCGCUCUUAUUUCUAUGUCCUAUGUUAUUCCGUACGUUUCUUUUUACUUUUUGAACGAUUUGAGCGAUUUGAAACACGUCGAAUGACGAUUUUCUUUUCGUUCCUUCGAAUCGAUUGGAGCGUGUCAGCUAAUAGAUUUCUCUCUUUCUCUCUGUUUUUCUCUAUCUGUCUUCCUUUCUGUCGGUCUCUCUCUCUCUCUCUCUCUCUCUUUCUCUCUCUCUCUCUCUCUCUCUCUCUCUCUCUCUCUCUCUCUCUCUCUCUGUUUUCUCUUUCUCUGAUAAUUCUCCAUUUAAUCUCACAAAGUCAGAAUCCUGGAUGAGGAUUUUUUAGAAUUGCAUUGCACUGUCUUGAGCUAAAUAUACGAGUGUAUAUAAUAAACAAACAAAUUAAAUAUACAUACAUACACUCUUAUAAUUAGAAAGGAUUAAUAGUAUAUUUAUCAGAUAGAUAUGUAUCUAUCUAUGAUCAAAUUCGUAGAGUACAAAAGGACAGAUACGGUAAGAUAUAUGUUUGAAAUGUGUCCGUGAUAUAUUCCUUUAUAUAUUGAGAGCGCGUAUUCUAUCGGUGCACGGGUUUUAAGACGGCGUGCGUCGUAAUCCAGGCCGAUGAUUAUACCAACGAUUAACGGUACACAUUGGCUGACCGGUUGCGAGUCACUUGACUUCGAGACUACGAUCGUAGCUAACAUUCCAAAUUCGUGACCACCACACUGUCGAUAGUAAAUCGUAAUUGAAACAUAAAUAUUUAAUUCAUAAAUAUUUCAAUCUAAUUGAGGGUUUUUCAAAUUCGCUUCUUGGUGAUAAUAUUAACAAUUGAUAUGGAUAAUCAUUAUCAUGAAUUGAUUUUGGGAACUAUUAAUCAGGAUUUGGAUCUGGCUGUUUCAAGAGCACAAAAUAUUGAAAUUAAAUCAACAAGGACUUCAAUAUCGAUGAAAAGUGUAGAACAAGUUCAGAAUUAUAACUACUUUAAUAAAGAAAAAGCUUUAAGUAUCCUUAUAGAGCAGGACGAGGACGAUGAACUAGAUGUCAAAGUCGAAAAAGAUUUCAAUGACCUAUUUUGGAGGGAAAGUUUUUUUAUCAAUGGAAGUAAUUACAACGGUACUUGGGACGCAGUCAGCAUGGCAGGAAUUGGAAGAUACAUUUUACCGAAUGGAAUCGUCUUUGAGGGUGAAUUUCGCGAUGACAAAUUUCACGGAAACGGAACCAUGUCCUGGCCAUGCGGACAAAGCAUAGAUGGGGUCUGGAUAUCUGGCAAGCUGAAAACUAAGCGGUACAGAUUCAAGGAUGGUUUGAUAUUCGCUGAAGAUGGCUGGGAAUAUUGUCAAUUUCCUGACAGACGAUUUUAUGCUUGUAUCACGACUGGCUUGAGACCUGCGAGAAUAACGCUAAAAACCAAUUGUCAACCGGCCAAAAUAAUUCCUCUCUUUUGUUACGAUGUGGGUUACGGUAUAUAUUAUCCGAAUACUCAUUGUAUCAUGUCAUAUGAUUCAACAAAGAUAAUCGAAAUACCAACUAAAACGAAAGUCGAGUGGAUUAUAAGCAAUUGUCGGAAAGGCUAUGAUGAACCUACACAUUAUCAGCCAUGGUUAAAUGAAAAUUGGUCAAAAAAAACGAGGCAAGAAUUAAAUAUAAAAUAUUGCUUACCCUUAUCAAACGAUUCACCGCAAGGAUGGUGGAAAAGGUAUAAUCGUAAUUAUUCUAUAAUAGUAAAUUUCUUUAUAUUGAAUUAAGAUUUCACCAUUAUCACACGGUAAAAUUACAUAUAAUUUUGAAAUGUAUUAGAAAUUCAAUAGAAAAUCGAGUAUAUAUAAACUUGUUUAUAAAAUCAUAUAUAUAUAUAUAUAUAUAUAAUUAUUCUCUACUUAUUCCCAAAACAAACAAGAUUGUCGAUUUUCGAGCAAGAUACCAGCGUAUAUCAGAAACCUGACGAGUUCCUUUACAAACAUUGUUAUUUGAAUCGAAGAAAAAAAAAGAUAUGUAAAAAUAGCGAAGAAGGAAAUCGCUGCAAUUAAAAUCUUUCGUUAUGUUUUGUUUUUAUAAUAUAUAUAUAUCCAUAAAAAAAUAUGUAUGGAAAAAAAAAACAAUAAAUAUCCAUCGAUACGAUCACCUUGCGUUUUCUAUUGUUUUGUAAACAAUCUUUGCGGACAUAUUGAUAGAUAUCGACGGACAAGAAA